CAUAAUGGCUGUGGUAUCAGGUUGCCGAUUUGAGCUUUACGGGCCUAGCGAGAGAGAUCGCCCGUUCAGUCAAGCCACAGUCACGGGUUGGAACGGCGCUUGCUUUACCGGCGUAAGACGGAGGAAGGCUUCGCUCGACUCACGGAGUUAGCCGACGUUCGAUAUCAACACACCGGCAACGUUGAACAGCAUCAGUGUUGUGAGCGACUACUGCAGCGAUGAAUGUGUGGAGGAAGAUCUUGAUUCUAUUUCUCCAUGGAAGUUUACUCUACGUUGUGUGCAAAGGAUCGUUCCGAUGCAAAUGCAACACAGACGAAUGUCGAAUGGAAGGGGAGACAACUUGCAUCGCAGAGCACUUCUGUUACGUUGAAUAUCUCCAUGACGUCCUCACCAGAGGCUGUAUCGACAGCCCGACCCCGCUGAAUUGUGGGAACCGGAAGCCGACUAAUCUGCCCAACACCCCCUGGCCCGUCAUGUAUUGUUGUGAUGACGAAGAUUUCUGCAACAGCAACGUCCUACCCACGUUGCCCUCCGAUAUAGAUGAAAAAGAAGUCAUCACGCAGAAAACGGAAACGGAAAUAGAUGAAGCGCCCUCUAGAUGCAGUAACCCGGAUUCUGAUCCGUUAUUCCGGACCAAUGCCGACGGAGCCAAAAUCAUCAACCCUAUCUAUAUCGCAGUCCCUGUGGCCGGCGUGUGUGUGCUCCUUGCUCUCAUCAUAUUCGCGAUGUACUUGUUGAGGAGGAGAAAUGAUUAUUAUGAGGGAUAUCAUUAUCAUGAACAUGUUCCGGCGUUACACCAGAAACAGUGCGACCCCAGGAAGGCCGCACCGACCACGUGCAGUAGUUGUGGCAAAGUAAACAGGUGUACAGACAGCGAACGUUCAUCCUCGGGGAGUGAAACGAAAUUGUUUUUGCAGGUUUGAAAGAGGGCUGAGUGUUGUCAUCUGUGUGGAUCCAAAGCUACGAGUAAUUUAUUGUGAAAUAUUGAACUGCAGGACAGUCGAGGAAGAAUGAGUGUGGACGCGUGUGAAUGGACGAAAUCUCGCGGGACUACGGACAAUACUUCCGAAUGAUUCAAGCGCAUUUGGAUCGUAUUGAGAUGCGGGGUUUCUGUCAUAUAUGAAGAAAUACAAAGGGGAGACAAUCAGUGCUCAGGAAAAAGUGGAUCACGCCAACCGAUAUAAAAGUUUAUGAUUUAUGAAUUUCAGAUAUAAGUUACAGUUUGACAUUUUAUUUAAAGUGUUCUACUGUAUAGGUGCAUACUAUUUGUGUGGACCAUGAAUCGGAUCUUGCUGAAUCGUAAGGGUCAAAUUCAAACAUAUAUCUUGAAGAAACUGAAGUAGAAUUACAAUUCUGUAAUCCGUGAAUUAAGUGCCAUAAUUCUGUAUAGUAACGAUUAGGUGCUCUGAAUGUUCCUUUUUCAUUCUGUUACGAAAAAGCCCAAAUUUAACGGACGGAUACUGUCACAUCUAACACCAAGGAGGGUAACAUGUACAUUUCCGCACCGAGAGUUCCACGUAUUCAAGUGAUUUAUGAGUGUGUGUACAAGUUUUGUAUCGAAAAAAUUACUCAAUGUACAUUACCUGAGAGUCUCCAUUGUAUAUAUUUCGUCAUUUGCUGUCAUGAGGGCGAUUAUUAUUCCCUCCCCAAAAAGAUAACACUGCCAGAAAUCAUUCCAAUGCCGUACCGAUAUCCUUCACAUCGUCUCUGCGAUUCUAUCGAUAUAAUAAAAAAAUCGAUUUUUUAGAAAAAUCAAAAUGGAUAGAAAUUGUAUGAAUUACCGGAACCGGAAACACGGUGCGAUGCUUACCGGAACCGGAAGUUACCUUCAUACCCUAUAUCUGUUAUGGUGUAUCAUCUUCCCGAGUCAAGUUCGUUAAAUGACUAUAAGAGUCCACUUUCCGCCCUUGCUGAACUAGGCUGGAAUUUUGUGGCUUGGUCGUAACGCCACCACCAUCUCUUUUAUCACUUGCAUUUGCUUUAAACAGAAUGGCGGCGCCCAGUCAAGAUAAUCAAGAUCAAUAUUGUAAUAAAACGGGUCUUACCUCGUGAAGUGCAUCAAAUCACUUGAGCACCUUGGUUAAAAACAUGAACAGAAUUGGAAAACAUCUGUCGACGCCAAGUUGACGGUACACAUGUUUUGCAAUUUGCAGGUUAAAAUCCAUGUUUACGAACCGGAUGUCUGGUUCGUUACGUGAUUUUGAAUUGGCUAUUCAUAGACUCGUUAGUCCAGCCAAACUGUAACUCCGGAAUUCAAGCCUUGUUCGGCAAGGACGGAAACUGAACUUUUAUAGCCAGUUAACUCCCUUGCCUCGGGAAGAUGUGGUUGAUUUGCCCGUUGAUUGAUACCAGAUCGAAAAAUAUUUUGUAGGAGAUGAUGUGAACGAAAUUGGAAAACUUAUCACAACAAUUUAGCUCAAGUAUUAGUUUGCCAAAAGGCAUGCGUUUGCUCAAAAAGAACAUUGUGAAAAACCUGAAGUUUAAGUUUGAAAUCGUAAGCUAUUAAUUCAACUAUUCAUUUGUUGAAUAGGGCUUUGUCUAUUGUUGGCAUG